AUGGCUCCCGAACUUGACGCGGCUGAAGUCGCCCGCCACAACACGCCUGAAAGCUGCUGGGUCAUCCUGUACGGCAAGGUCUACGAUGUCACGUCCUUUCUAAGCUCGCACCCGGGCGGCUCGCGGAUCAUCCUCUCCCUCGCCGGCCAGGACGCCACCGAGGACUAUGACCCCGUGCACCCGCCCGGGACGCUUGAGGAGAACCUCGCCCCGGAAGCCGUUCUCGGCACCGUAUCUGCCGAGAGCCAAGAGAAGCUCAACGCCGCAUCAUCAACUUCAUCCUCAUCAUCGUCGGCACCGCCGGCAACAGCAGCAACACCCAGCCCUCCUUCUCCGGCCGCCGCAAAGAGCGAGCCGGAACCGUUGCUCCCUGUGGAAACCCUGCUCAGCCUCGACGACAUUGAAAAGGAGGCCGCCAAGCGCAUCUCGCCGCGCGCGUGGGCUUACUACUUCUCCGCCUCGGACGACCAGAUCAGCAAGGUGCGCAACAACGAAGUCUAUCGGGCCAUCAGCAUGCGGCAGCGCGUGCUCGUCAACGUGCGCGCAAACGACCAGUCGACCUCGUUCCUGGGCCACGCCGUCUCCACGCCCGUCUUCGUCGCGCCCGCGGCCAUGGCGCGCCUCGCCCACCCCGACGGCGAGGCGGGCAUCGCGCGCGCCGCCGCGCGCUUCGGCGCCAUGACCGUCGUCUCCAACAACGCCUCGAUGACCCCCGAGCAGAUCGUCGAGGGCGCGCCCGCGGGCCAGCUGUUCGGCUGGCAGGUGUACGUGCAGGACGCGCGCGACAAGACCGCCGCGAUGCUGCGGCGCGUCAACGCGCUGCGGGAGCACUACAAGUUCAUCUGCCUGACGCUGGACGCGCCGACGCCGGGCAAGCGGGAGCUGGACGAGCGCGGCAACCUCGGCCGGGCGGGCGGGGUGCGCGUCGCCGCGGCGGGCAAUCCGGGCGUGGAGGCGCGGCCGGGCGGCGGCGGGGUCGGCCAGCAGCUCUUCCACGGCACCGCGGCGGACCUGACCUGGGCGGAGACGCUGCCGUGGCUGGCGGCGCACACGGACCUGCCGAUCGUGCUCAAGGGUGUGCAGGCGCACGAGGACGCGUACCUGGCGAUGCGGUGCCACCCGCAGGUCAAGGCCAUCAUCCUGUCGAACCACGGCGGCCGCGCGUGCGACACGGCGCCGCCACCGCUGCACACCCUGCUGGAGAUCCGCAAGUACUGCCCGGAGGUGCUCACCCGCCUCGAGGUUUGGAUCGACGGCGGCAUCCGCCGCGGCACCGACGUCGUCAAGGCCCUGUGCCUCGGCGCCCGCGGCGUAGGCGUCGGCCGCGCGCCGCUCUAUGGCCUGGGUGCCGGCGGGCAGGCCGGCGUGGAGCGCAUGUUUGAGAUCCUGCAAGCCGAAAUUGCGACUGCAAUGCGCCUCAUCGGCGCUCGCUCUAUACCGGAGCUUCGCCCAUCUGCACUAUUGAUAGUCGACGCUUGCACCGACUUGAGUCUCCUCGACCGAAGCCCUACCCCCACAAGUCCCCAGAUCUCUGGCGAUCCCCCCUAUCAUGAGACUCGUGACUACUACAAAGUGCGCCUUGCUUGUACCUGGCUAACACUCCCGCCCCCUCUUCUUAGCUCAAUACUCGACGUGUAG